CUGGGAAAGUCUUUGUGCGACUUCCCAAAACGUCUUGGUCGAGACUCUAAGACCAUUGUGAUGGUUCUGGAACCACAAAAACAGCCUCAGUGAGCGUAUAACAUAGUUACCACACAAAAUCCUUUGGGCCGCACUCAAGCCCUCCAUUUUCACCUCGCACUAACGGAGCAAUAGUUGCAAGGAAUCUCCUCAUGAAUGUUUUUAAUCCUCGCAUCCUUGAUGCCAGCAUCCGCGAUGUGACGGGUUGUUUAUCCGACACUCAGAGGGCUGAUAACGCUAUUCAGUCGUUUCUCCAAGUCUCGGGCGUUCCACCACCAGAUGUUGCAAGGGCCCUCCUGUUACGUGCCAAAACCCGUUUAGCAGCUGGGUACCGAACUUCUGCCCAACAAGACGUUAAAGCCAUAAUACAAUCUGGACAUCUACGACAAGAAAUGCUUACUAGGGAACACGAUGGUCCGCCUCGUUUUUCUGCAGAAGUCCGGAGAGAAAUUGCUCUCUAUCUUCCCAAACGUGAUCUGAAGUCUCUUUUAUCGCUUAUUUUCCGCGAGAUCGAUCUACAUUUUACGGCGUCGCCGGAACCAUCCAGAGCCGAUGACAGAUACAGGGGUGUCCAUGGCAGCCGCGAUGAGCAGGAGCUCGACGCCUGGCACUACCAGCGAAGUGCGGAUAUUUUUACUCGCAUUCUCGUAGAUCCUGUCUUUGCCUCGCAGGUCAGAAGCUUAAGCAUAUAUGCUGUUGUUUCAGACACGUCACACACAUUGGCGUUUCAGACUGGUUUGAAUGUUAAUCAACUCUUGCCUAAGCUCUGCAACCUUCGCAGUGCGCAUUGUUCAGGCAACACGGACUUGAUCAAUCGUGUGCUUGAAACAAUGUGUGCCUAUCGUCUUUAUAGCCUGUCCAUUAAUCUCGUUAAUCGUUCAGGGGAUAUCGACAUCCCACCAUUCAAGCACAUCACACAUUUCUCCAUCACAGCCGAGGGAGGCAACAGUACAUCUACCCACGACUUUAUAUCACAGAGUCACGACAGCCUGCGCUCGCUGGUCAUCAAGAACGCAAACUGGACGUUCCCAACGGAUGUCAUCUCUAUCCGUCACUUGACGAUCAUCGAGUUCGAAGGUUGUUUUUCUGCAGAUAGCCAGGUCUUCUCAGAGAUCUUGUCCACCGGCCACCAGCUGGAGUCACUGACAUUGUCGGGUGUUUUGGAAUGCACUCCAUCAGCGAUGUUCCGCCUGUAUAGGUCCUCGCUUCCGUUUCUGACGCACUUUGCUCUCAAGAUUGUCAGUCUGCAUCGGCAUGUCACGGACAGGGACCUCGUGCCUGCUAUUUCGGAAUUCUUGAGAGAUCGCAAACAUCUUCAUUCCUUCCACCUCAUCGUGCCUAGCACAGACCAUCGUCGCAUUGGUUUUGAUGCGUCUGCUUGGGGUGUACUACCUUCUCUAAUAAACCUCCGCAGCCUUUGUAUCACUUAUCCUAGAGAUCUUUCUCCUUCGUUAGCAGGGUGGCUUAUUCCGCGGAGUGUUCGUGCGCUCACCAUGGAGAUUAUGGUACCGCCUGCAGAGGACCUUCUUCUUUUCAUAAACCAAUUACAUCCCGGAGUCCCUCCUCUUCUCACGUUUGUUGGUAUGUCAAACUUUCCAAUACGUUCCGUCAUCAACGUGAUCGACCACGGCUUUUCCAACGUGCGGCUUGUGCGCAUCGACGAGUGUGUUUGCAGUAUCAUCCGCUCAGAUGAUGGGUCGAUAGAGAUCAAGCAAUGGCCAUAUCGAAGGAUCAAAUACCACACGGCGGCGUGGUUGGAGUCCCUCAGGUGCGAAGAUGCAAUAAGGCAUCUGGUAUGAUAAAUACGAGGAGACUUUUAAAAACAAAGACAUUGAAUGUACUUUUACAAUGGUUACACCCGCUUGAUGUUCUGCUUAUUGGAUGACUUUCUGUAGGCGCAAA